UGUUCACUUAAAAGCAGUUGAUUUUAACUGAUAGUUUUCCAAUCUGAGAAAUUCCUAAAGGAAUUACUAUAUCAUGAACUACGCCCAACUACUUUGCUUUCUAGUCCUCGUUACAGGAAUAAUAGCUCCCUUUAAUAAAAUCAUUCGGUCACCCCAAUGCCUGUUUAUGGCUGAUAAAGGACCCUGUGAUGAAAGGGUCCGAGUUUUUGGCUAUGAUUACCAUACCAAUCGCUGUGUUCAUUUCUAUUACGGUGGCUGUGGGGGCAAUCCAAAUCGUUUUGCUACAAGAAAGGAAUGCAUGGACAAAUGCUUUGUGGAGAAUGCAGAGGGACAGGACCUAGAAGAAGAUGCUAAGUUUAAUACGUACUACAAAGAUGAUUUUUAAAGUGAAAAAUUCCACUGAUUCGAUUGAAGAACCAGAAUAAAACCAUAUAUGCAACAA